AAGGGAAAUAUACUAAAUAGUUCCAACGCGGGACAUCUGAAAUGGAAGUUCGUGGGAUGUAUAUGGGAUAAGCUUCAAAGGAAACAACCACGGACCGAGAUAGACAGGCUAUAGACCGGCUAUUAUAGCUAUAUAUAUAUAUAUAUAUUAUAGCUACCAUAUGGUAGUCUUGUUGUUGGAAAUACGGGCGAGUGUAUCGAGCGCUACAUAUAUGUAUAUAUUAUAUAUAAAUAUAUAAUAUACUACUGUGAAAGUGUGAACUGACUAUUUUGUAUUAAUAGUUAUUUAAUGGGGAAUCCCAGAAUUUUAUCUACUAUAUUGUUAUAUAUAGUUGCCUUUACGAUAACUGGUGGGUACGAUCGCGUGAUUUCGCCGCGAACCUAUAGAUAAAGAUAAACGGAUAAUCAGACAAAUUUCUUGACAUCGAGAGUCGAGACAUCACGUCAGUCGUCAGUGUACACGUCAUGUAGUGUUGUGUUUACACAGUACUGUACCUAUUAUAUUAGUAUUGUACAUUUGUACUGGCAGCUGCUAGUAUUAUAAUUUAUAUAAUACUAAUAUAUGUCUGUUGUGUAUAUAUCUUAACUUUUCGUGCUAGUUUGCUUUGAUUAUAUUGAACAAAGAGUACAAACUAUACCUAACCUAUAUGAUAUCCGUAUAUUUCAACAAUCAUGUCUAGUUCACGGUAAGCAAUUUAUUUAAAGAUUAAUAAUUUUGUUUUAUGUGUUUGGUGUUUGUUUUAUUUUAAUAAUAUACUGUAUAGGCCAUAAUUUAUUUAUAUAAAUAUAUAGCUAGUAUAAUAUAUUGCAUACUCACUAAAUAAAAAAAAAUAAUAACGAUUAAAACUUAAGUGGACAUUAUACCUGGGUGUGGCAGACAAUAUUUUACAAAAAGGAUAUAAUAUUACUUCAAAAAAAUUAUGAAUUAUAUUCAAGUUUGGUAAUAAGUGUUUUAACUCUAAUAACCUAGACCAGCGUUCCUUAAUUUUUUUUAUAAUCGUGGAACCCUACUUUGUGUCAAUAGUUUUAAUGUGUCGUUUUAUAUAAGGAUUAUUUAAUUCAAAAAAUAUUUUUAAAAUUUACCAAAGUUUUUAAAAUAACAGACAGACGGAAAUUCAAAAUGUUAAUUGUAUUAUAUUAUAUUAUAAUGAGAUGAGCAAAAUCGCUUUUUAUUAUUACGGAUAUUAUACUUAGUAUUACCUACACUUAUAAAUGUGUACGAUAAACUCAACAUUUUCCCACUAGCCCCCACUAACCUUAAAUUAAAUUUCUUUAAAGUAAUUUUCUUGAAAAUUUCGAAAAAAAGCACUUAAGUUUUGCAGAACCCUUAUAAAUUAUUCAUAAGUAACAUCCAUGGAAAACAAAGUUUAAGAAACACUGACUUAGUAGCUAUACAAUUUUGAUUUUGAUAUAUAUUACCAAUUAGAUAGAAGAAUACAAUAUAAUGUUCUUAUAUACCUAACGUUCCCUUUACUUAGAUAAUUGGAUUAAUUGAUAUAGUAUAGAGUUUAAACGCCUACCUAAUAAUUGUGUUGUUAGGGAAGAGAAAAAUAUUACGAAGAGAAAAAAAAAACCUUUAAAUGUAAUAUCAUCAAAACAAUUAAAAAGAAGAAUAAUUCAAGAAAAAAACAUAUUCUCUGGUUCUUCAUCAAUUAAUAUUUCAAGUACAAUUAGUGCUGAAAAUACUCUAUAUAAGGAAGUUGUGUCAUGUGAAAAAAUGAAUAGACCAGUAAUUGAAUCUCUUUCUUCAAAAAUAUCAGAGGAAUUAUCAGUUAUACAUUCAGAACCAACAUUGGAUAGUGAAUAUAACAUGCAGCUUGUUAAAUUUAAGCCAACAGAAACAUCUACUGAUAAAGAUAUUACAGAAAAUCAAAGUUUACAGGAAAAAUUAGUGUCUUGGACUCUUGAAAACAAUAUUACUCACAAAGCACUAUCUAAUUUAUUAAAAAUAAUUAAACCACAUGUCAUUGAAGAUAAUUUGCCCAGGGAUGCCAGAACACUAAUGCAGACUCUUAGAACUACCAAUGUAAAAAAGGUAUUUCCUGGGGAGUACUAUCACUUUGGGCUUCAAUGUGGUAUAAUUCAUUUUUUAAAACAACAUCCUUUAUUUUGUACAUCAAAUUCUACUAUUAGUGUAAUGAUAAAUGUAGAUGGACUCCCAAUAGCAAAAUCGUCAAAUAGUCAAGUUUGGCCAAUUUUGGGAUCAAUUUAUGAAUAUAAUCAUGUUUUUAUAAUUGGUAUAUACUUUGACAAAGAACAUAAACCAGCUAGUUCUAAUGAAUUUUUGCAUGAUUUUGUUCAAGAAUCUAAGUAUAUGACUGAAAAUGGAUUUGAGUUUAAUGGUCACAAGUAUAGAUUCCAUAUAAAAGGAAUAAGUGCUGAUGCUCCGGCAAAAUCAUUUAUGUUAUGCAUAAAAAGUCAUGGAGGAUAUUCCAGCUGUACCAAAUGUACAACUGAAGGUACAUAUAUAGAACGGCGAGUUUGUUUCCCUUCGGAAACGAUUGUCUUGAGAACUGAUUUAGAUUUUGACAAUUAUAAAGACGAAGAUUAUCAUAUGGGAAAAACUGCACUUACUGAAAUACCGGGUUUACGUUUAGUUACUGAGGUACCACUUGAUUAUCAACAUCUUAUAUGUCUUGGGGUUACUAAAAAAUUAAUAAGUUUAUGGUUAUGUGAUAGCCUCAAAGUUCGACUGUCUAGUAGCAAAGUUAAAACUAUUUCAAAUUCUAUAGACAAUAAUAUUACACCUUUUGUACCUUUAGAAUUCCAAAGAAAGCCAAGGUCUUUUAACAUGUGGAAACAGUGGAAAGCUACAGAAUUACGACAAUUCUUAUUGUAUUAUGGUCCAAUUGUUUUAUAUUCAGUCGUAUCUGAAGAAGUUUAUAUACAUUUUUUGAUUUUACACGUUGCUAUUC